AUGGCACCAAAGAAAGAUGCAUUUGCUGAUUUAUUUCUGUCAGCAACUGGUAAUACAAGUAAAAUAAAUAACCUAUCACUAUUAGAACGUCAAAAAUUACAAAAACAAGGAAAUAAUCAACAACAACAACAUCCUUAUCAAUCAAAUUCAAAUUCAAGUUCUUUAAAUUCAAGUUGGUCAAACUUAGAUAUAUUAUCACAGGAACCUAGUUCUCGCCCAAGUAGAGUAUCGUCACCUUUUAUAAAUAGAGAAACAUCACCAGUAGUCAGAUCUAAUACAGAACCAAAUAAUGAACCAAAGAAUGAUGAUCCUUUUCCCAUAUUUGAAAAUGCUAGCAAAGUUGAACCAAAGACAAGUACGACGAGUAACAACGGAACUAAAGUAGCACCAGACGAUAUAUUUUCAGAGUAUGAUAGUGAUAGCAAAAUAAAUGAAUCUUUUGCAAAUAAAAAUGAGAUAUUAUUACUUGAUGAUGAAUUUACGGACGUAUUUCCAGAAUUCAAACCAGCUGCUCAUUCAAAACCACAACAAAGACCAAAACCUCCAGUUCCCGAAAGAAAACAAGCAUUCAAAAAAGAAUCAGAAGAGAAAGAUUUCAUCGUCGCUGAAUUAAUAGAUAUGGGAUUUUCAAUAGAUUUAGCAAACGAAGCAAUAAACAACCAAGGUUUAGAUUUACAAAAUUGUGUCAAUUACAUAAUGAGUAAAAAUAGUAAAUCAUCAAAUAGACAAAGUAGACAGGACAAUUACGAAGAUUCAGUUUUGGGUUCACGUCCAGAAGGUAUUAAUUUCAACGAAUUAAGUAAUAAUUUAUACAAACAGGCUAAUAAUAUAUUUAAUAUUGGUAAACAACACGUUAUUAGAAAUUUAGAAAAAUUUAAAGAUCAAGAUAAGAAUGGAAAUAUGCCUGAAUGGAUGAGAAAUCAAUCUAAAUAUAAAUCACAAGCAAUUGAGAAAAGAUUAGGUAGUGAAGAUUAUGGAAGUGAUGAAGAAAAUAUAAAUCAUGAAGAAAUUGAAAGAUAUAUGAAAUUACAAAUGGAAAAAAAUGCCGAAAGAAGAAAUAAAUUGAAUCAAAGAAAUGAGAUAUCUAGAUCAUCUAAUGAGUCUUCAAAGUCGAGAGUUGAACCUGAGGUAACUAUUCGUCCACGUCCAAAUAGAUUCAAACAAAAAGAACUAAAACAAGAAUCACCACAAUUUAAACCAGAAACAAAAGAAUCUACACAACCAUCUAAAUUAAAACAAGAAUCUCCACAACCUUCACAACCUAUUUCAACUAAUCAACCAGAAGAAGAUAUCUUAGGAAUGUUCACAAAUUCAACAACAUCAAAAUCAGUACCAUCAGCAUUACGUGAUUCAACGCCAUUGAAUCAAUUCAUAGAAACAGAUUAUACAACUUUAAAAAAACAAGCUCAAGAAUCAUAUAAAUCAGGAGAUUAUACAACUGCUUUAGAAUCAUAUACAUCAUGUUUGGUAUUAUUACCAAGAGAUCAUGAAUUGAGAGUAGUCAUAUUAUCUAACCUAGCAUUAAUUAAUAAGUUACUGGGACAUUUGAAACAAAGUGUAAAUAAUAUUGACGAGGCAUUAUCAUUAAUUGAUGAUUCUGAAAUUUUUUCAGAUUUUGAGAUAUCGAGUAAACUGAUUAAAUAUUGGUAUGUUAAAUUAAUUUCAAUUAAGGCAGAAACAUUAGAAUUACUUGAAAAAUAUGAAUCAUCACUUGAGAAUUAUAUUUUAUUAAUUACGAAAUUGAAUUGUAAUGAUACGAAAAUAAUGGAUGGGAAAAGGAGAGUAGACAAGAUUGUAAAUCCACAAAAUUACAAACCAGUGAAAACCUCAACUCCAAAAUCGAAAGCACAACCAACACCAAUAUCAAAACCAAAACCAAAACAAGUUGAAAAAGUUGAAGAAGUGGACACAAUGACGAAAGAUAAAAUCGACAUGAAGGUCAAAUCAUGGGCAGAUUCAAAACAAAACAAUUUAAGACAAAUGUUAUCUAAUUUACAAGAAAUUAUACCACCUAAAAUCAAAAUCAAUGAAAAAUUAAAGACUUUAACGCUUAAUGAUUUAAUGCUUCCUAAACAAAUUAAGAUUAAUUAUAUGAAGAUUAUAAGUUCUAUUCAUCCUGAUAAAUUAGCUUCUCAAACUAAAGGUGAUCAAGAAUCGUUUUUAUUAUGUAAUAGUGUUUUCAUUACUUUGAAUCAACGUUGGGAAAUAUUUAAACAGGAAGAGAAUGUAUAG